CAUGUAAACGGUGUUGUGAAAAUCCGAAACAGCGACUGACUACAAACAAAAAAACGGUUAAUUACCACCAGAAUGCUGCAAAGCGCAAGCUCUUUUCCCAAGAGAAGUGUAGAUAUGAUUUAUACUAUCAGUGCUGGUAUUAGUCGUAUCGUAAAGAUUGCAUUUUCCAUUAAGCAAUUAUGUCCAAUAUUUUUUUAUCUUUUAAUUUCUCCAUUCUUACAGCACCGGAGAAAUUCCAUCGGCUUUCUGCUUCCAUACAAGGAUUAGCCGCCUCCAGAAGAAGAUGGAAACCUCUGACGAGCUGGAUAUGGAUGUGAUCACUCCACUCAUUGAAGAAAAGGGAACCGAUUCUGGAGAAAAUUCAGAUGAAGAUGAAAUCACUGAAUUAGGAUUAAUGCAGAAGCACUCCAAAUAUGGCAAUCCUCAAGGAAUAACGUUCUUCCAAACUCUGAUCCAUUUACUGAAAGGGAACAUCGGCACUGGUCUACUAGGCCUUCCCCUUGCAGUACGAAAUGCAGGGAUUUUGGUGGGUCCGGUGAGCCUCAUUGCAAUGGGAGUAGUAGCAGUGCACUGCAUGCAUAUCUUGGUGCAGUGUAGCCAUCAUCUUUCUGAAAGGCUAAAGAUGCAGUCUUUAGGAUACAGUGACACAGUUGGUCUUGCAAUGGAGAACAGCCAUUUAAAGUGCCUUAGGAAAGGAGGAGCUUUUGGAAGAUAUUUAGUCAAUUCCUUUCUGGUGAUAACACAGCUUGGGUUUUGCAGUGCUUAUUUUGUUUUCCUGGCAGAGAAUGUUAAACAGGUUGUGGAAGGCUUAAUGAGAAACAGCACAUCAAAUUCUAGCUUUCCAGUCGGUGACAGUGCUGCACCAGUCCUGGAAGUGUGGGACGUGGACUUGCGGCUUUACAUGCUUUGCUUUGUACCUUUCCUGAUCAUCCUUGUCUGCAUUCGGGAUCUUAAGCAUCUGGCAAUUCUAUCAUUUCUUGCAAAUAUUUCCAUGGCUGUCAGUCUUGUCAUCAUUUAUCAUUCCAUAAUACAGGACUUAAAAGAUCCAAAGAAAUUUCCACUGGCUUCCAAUUGGAAGGGGUACUCACUUUUCUUUGGGACAGCAAUUUUUGCAUUUGAAGGAAUUGGUGUGGUUCUUCCUCUUGAAAACCAGAUGAAAGAAACCAGGCGCUUUCCUCAAGCCCUUAACAUUGGAAUGGCAAUUGUCACAGCUCUGUAUAUCUCACUUGGUACAUUGGGGUACCUUCGUUUUGGUGAUGAUAUAAAAGGCAGUAUAACCCUCAAUUUGCCACAGGAUGUAUGGAUUUACCAAAUGGUGAAAAUUCUGUAUUCAUUUGGAAUUUUUGUGACCUACUCGAUUCAGUUCUAUGUCCCUGCUGAGAUUGUCAUUCCUGCUGUGAGAUCUGGAGUUAGAGAGAACUGGAGGCUGCCUUGUGAACUGGUUGUUCGAGUAUUGAUGGUGUGCUUAACCUGUGCUAUGGCAGUGCUCAUUCCACGUCUUGACCUGGUUAUCUCCUUUGUUGGAGCAGUGAGCAGCAGUACACUGUCCCUCAUUUUCCCUCCUCUGCUGGAACUGGUUACGCUGUCAGAGAAAGACAUCUCCGUCUGGAUGGUUAUAAAGGAUAUUUCUAUAGCUGUAUUAGGAUUUAUGGGAUUUCUAGCUGGGACUUAUGUGACAGUUGAAGAAAUGAUCUAUCCUCAAACAUCCUUCUUGGAAACUGGAAAGCUUUUCCAAACACUCAACAUAACAAACACAAUGGAUUUGAUGAGAAAUAGUACACAGUCCAUGCUGCUCGAAGGAUGAUCUUCAAUAACAUGCUAAAAGAAAAAGCUGCUUGAUUUCUUGGAGAUGAGGGUAAGGGAAAGGUGUUGGGGUGUGAUAUCUAAUAGUAUGAGGUUGGUAUUUUUAAAUUCGGUCAUAGGAUUCUAAUGUUGAAAUAAAAUUCAAGAAAUUUUCAAA